AUGUAUCAAUUGAGCAGCACUUUGGAAGGUCACUCACAGGAUGUGAGAGACGUGGCUGCGAUAAGCGAUGAUAGAAUUGCGAGCGUGUCUAGGGAUGGCACACUGAGAGUUUGGUCAAAACAGGGAGACGGGAGGAGCUGGCAGAGUGUUAUUGCUCAUCAGAGUGACGGAUUUCUGAAUAGUGUUUGUUACAGCAAGAGUAACAGUUUGUUGUUCUAUGGUGGAAAGGAUUCACUGAUAAAUGGUUCUCCCGUGGACGCCAUCCAGGGGGAAGAUCCGGUGUAUACCCUAAUUGGGCACAAUUCCAACGUCUGCAGCCUGGACUGCCUUGGUGGGCUUGUGAUCAGCGGGAGCUGGGACAAAACGGCCAUAGUGUGGGAAAAUGGCACUAUGAAAUGGCAGUUAAGAGGCCACGAGGCGUCAGUAUGGGACGCUAAGAUAUUGCCCGGUAGGACAGACGAAUUUCUGACAGCCUCAGCGGAUAUGACAGUUAGGCUGUGGAAGCAAGACAGACUGGUCAAGACGUUUACCGGUCUCCACAAAGAUGUGAUUAGACAUCUUGAGAUCUUGCCAUCGGGCGACCGUUUCGCAACCUGUUCGAAUGAUGGAACUAUAAAGAUCUGCGAUUUUGAUGGGAAAGUCUUGCAGACUCUGGAGGGUCAUGAAAGCUUUGUUUACAGUUUUAAGAUGUGCUCGAAUGGUGAGCUGGUGAGCUGUGGCGAAGACAGAACCGUGAGGAUCUGGCUCCGUAAUGGACAACUCAAACAGGUCAUUCAACUCCCUGCAAUAUCUGUGUGGACAAUCGACGUCUUGCCAAACGACGACAUAGCAGUGGGGAGCAGUGACAACUCUAUAAGAGUUUUCACCGAGAAUGAACUUAGAAGAGCGCCACCCAAGGAGAUCGACGCUCUUCAGAAAGAAAUUGAGAGCUCCACGAUCAACUCGCAAACCAUGGGUGUCGACGAAUCUAAGAUAGAGCCAUACGAGAGUUUGCUAGUGCCUGGAAAAAAAGAGGGGCAAGUCGUCGUAGUUAGAGCUCCUACGGGAGUUGUAGAGGCGCACCAGUUUACUCAAGGCGUGUGGUCUAAGAUUGGAGAUGUUGUUGGCUCCGCCCAAAGUGGUAGUGGGAAGAAAACCGAGUUCGAAGGCAAAAAGUACGAUUACGUUUUUGAUGUCGACAUCGAAGAUGGCAAACCCCCUUUAAAACUCCCUGUCAAUACUAAUGACAAUCCGUAUACUUUGGCUGACGAGUUUUUGGCCCGUAACGACCUACCUAUUUCCUAUCGCGACCAAGUCGUUAAUUUCAUUCUAAAAAAUACAAGCGGUGUGUCGCUUGAUCAGCCGAAUACUAGCCGCCAGGUAUCCAAUUUCUCGGUGCUCCCGGUGAAGGAGUUCCUCUUCAUGAGUGAAUACAAUCCUGAGACGAUAUUCAAUGGCAUAGUCAAGCUAAACUCGAACCAGAAGACCUUUGACGACGAAUCUUUGGCUGAGAUAGGUGCCGCUUUACAUAAUGCAGAUGAGAGCUGGGAGCUACUGUAUUCAUAUGCAACCACCAUAAGAUCUCAAUGGCAGGUCAAAGUUCCGGCAUAUGAUCUCAUGAGAAUCAUCGUAGCCAAACUCCCCUACUCUCGGGACAUCGGGGAUUUUAUCGAAGAAGGCCUGGGCAAUAAGAACCCUGCUAUCGCUAUGCUGACAGCCCGUAUCCUUACAAACUGCUUUCAGAACGAAAAUUGGGGCAUCGGGUUGAUGUCAUCAGAAAACGUUUACAGCUCAGUGUUCGUGACAAUCGACGAUGAAUUUCCUCAGGCCACGGAGAAGCAAAUUCAGAACUUCGCCAUAGCAGUUUCGACACUGCUCUUUAACUACAGUGCGCUUGUCGUCAAAGAGUCAAAAUACCACGGCAUAGUGCCAGCGAUCUCAGAUGCCAUAAACACGAAAUUUGGAAUCAAAACGUCGUUCCAGAAUUGCGAGGAAGCAGCCUACAGGCUUCUCAUCGCUUUUGGCAAUCUCGCUACGGUAGAGCCAUCGCUGAAGCACUUCGCUGGCUCUCUCUCAUGGACGAAAAAGCUGAAGCUAAUGUAUGGCAGCUCGCCUAGAUUUCAGCAUGUGUUUCGCGAUUUGAAUAUAUAA